GUUUCACUCGAGAAAAUGCGAACGCUGGUCCAUUUUCAAAAUGCAUUUUGUGCUCUUGCAAUGAUCGCUCAAGUCAGUGUGAUCCAGAGAGCGGCGUGUGUAUUGGCUGUGAUAUUGGGAGUACUGGGGACCACUGUGAGAAUUGCGAGUUUAACGUGAUUGGUCCAUACUGCAAUGUUUGCGCGGAUGGAUUUUAUGGACUUACCCAGGACCACAAAAACUGCAAACGUAAGUAUACAAUCUACAUUGGAAUGCGAAGUUGGGUAACUGAUUUAAACACUGGAAUUAAAUAGAGUAUAUUUUUUAAUUCAAUGAACCGAAUGUCAGAAUAAUAUGCAGCGUGUUCACGGGCCUUGGAAAUCCUGGAAAGUCCUUGAAUUGGAAAAACAAAUCAGUAGAAGUCCUUGAAAGUCCUGGAAUUAAUUUCCUUAACCUACAGCUGUGCCAAUAUUAGUGAUUUUGAUUAUAAUUACUGAAUAGAGUGUGGCAAAUUGUGCCAUUUUCAAAGAUUUCCCAGUUCUAGGUCCUUGAAUUUACUGAAAAAGGGCCUAGCUUGAAAGUCCUGGAAAAGUCCUUGAAUUUCACCUGCACCAAAGGGUGGACACCCUGAAUAUGAAACUAAAGUAUACUUAACAAUUGCACGUCGUACCUCAUUAUUUGGCAUGUUGUGUACACAAUAUAUCGUCUGAGUAUAACUCAAUAAAUUAUAUUUGUUUUCCCCCCACAGCUUGUGAUUGUCACUUACCUGGCACUCAAUAUGGUAAUACAUCCAGUUGUAACGUGACUACAGGUCAGUGUAAAUGUAACCAAACCCUACAUACUGGUGGAAGACGAUGUAAUGUAUGUCAGGAGAACGCUUGGAAUAGAACUGAGAGCAGUUUGAAUUGCGAAGGUACGUCAAACUCACUCAGUGGUGUAGCGACCGGUGAUGUAGGUGGAGUGACACCCCCUAUAUUUCUUUAUGAGUAAUUUCAGGUAAAUUUAAUUUAGAGGUGACUUGAGCUGAUUUUUAGGUAAAUUAUAAGAUUUUUAGGGCUAACUCGUGGAAGUUUAAAGCGAACGCAAGCUAAGAAUGCGAAAAUUUUCCGGCUUUCUGAGGGAAACUUUUUCUCCCCCAAAAAUUUUGAAUAACUAACCAAUAUAACGUUUUUAACAAACAUAAAGAGUUUUAUCACUUUCAGGACGAUAUCAUAAAUGUAAUAUCAUUUACGAUAUUGUUCCUCAAGCGAUAAAACUGAUAUCACCUCACCCCUCGUAUUAUAUAUGACCUAUAUAUACUGUACCUGCAAUAUAUACUUCGGACAUUUGAUUAGAACAGUGACAAAUUUUGUAGUAUAAUCUCAACAAACCUUACCGAUUAUUCUCUUUUACCCAAUGGCCUCGUUUCCAUGUUAACUUAUUCUAGCAUGUCAGGGGCAGAUCAAGAUUAUAUUCCCAUGUUUUCCUGGACGAAUUUGUUUCUUGCUGUUCUUAGGCUCAAUAACAAAGUAAUUUUCAACCAUACUAAGCACAAAACACAAACAAGUAAGUAUUUGACAUGAAAACGAGGCCAUUGGGUAAAAGAGAAUAAUUGGUAAGGUCUAUUGAGAUAUCAAAUUCAAGUAAAUAUUUACCGCUUUCCAUCCAAGGAACAAAACAAUCACAAAAGUUUCCCAUGGCACUGAAACGUACCAAAAUCUUUCAAUAUAAUUUUUUUUUAAUUGUAGAGUGUCCUCCUUGCUUUGGAAUGAUAAAAGUUGAGGUGGACAAGUUUCGACAACAGAUAUUAAGCUUGAAGGUUCUUCUUCGGUCGUUGCUUGACAUGGAUUUAUUGAGUCAGUCGUUUAGCUUUACUGAACGAUUACAAAUCAUUCAGGAUCGUGUCGAAGAAAUCGUUUUGAGAUCUGAGGUAAUUUAUAGAUUUCAUACAAAAAGAAACAGAUGAAUGUAUAUAUUGUUCAAAAUUGUUCAGUACUUUUUCCCCAUUAUGUUCUUCCCGCUCUUACUCAAUCCCUUCUCUUGCCUUUGUUUGUCUCAGGCCAUGCUCGCGCGUAACAAUCUUCGCCUCCUCCGAGUCAAUCCCCGACCCUUAACAUUAUAUUUCGCUCCAUCUUCCUUCUCCAUACUCUCUUCUGCUGAACCCACCAUGUAUCACACACGCGAAAACGUGCGCCCGCGAAUAGAUAAAUUUAAAUUCAUGAAGUUUAGAUUAGUGUCAGAUUAAGAUUAUCAGUAUUCGGGUUAGGGGUUAGAGUUGGGGUUUGAUUAGGGUUAGGUUCAUCUAUCCCAAUAAGUUAUUGCGCGAAUUUAUUGUAUUGAUAAUUUCGGACGUGUUUAAGAAUUUACUCAUAUAGUAAAUUCCAAGGUCGAUGGUAGAAAAUAAUCGAUAAACAGAAAAAAAUCGAUGUUUUUUGAAAACCGAUUUAACCGAUGUUGCUUUCGGUGAAAAACCGGAAAGCCAAAAUAGAGAAAAAUCCGGAUAAAAAUCGGUAUUUCAAUGCAAUCGGUGUUCAAUUUACGCUUUCGUGAUUCAACUAAAAGAGAGUUUAUACUAUACUUACACAUGCAGGCCUUGAAUGGCAUUUUUUUUCUAAAUAAUAAUCCCCCCGCUCCCCCAAACCAAUGUUGAAUGGUACUUUCCAUCAAAUGUGAAAAAUUCGGAUAUGCAACAUUGAAGAGGGGGAGUGGGGGAUAUGCCAGUAAAUUCAAGUUUUAGCUGUUUGUUAUGAUUUUUGCGGAAGUGGAUUAACCACAUGCGUUUUGGCCCGGAUUGUGUCACAGUACCAGCGUCCAAGCGUCCCUUGGUUAACAUCUACUUACAGCUGCUAGUUUAAGCUUUGCCGGUUUUCUUUGCAGGCCUUGGCUGCUGAAGAAGAUAGCGCAAACCAACAGCUAGAGAGGGGUUUUAGUGUGCUGGAAACGUUUGAGAGAAGUCGGUCACAAAAAGACACCGAAGUCAAUAUAACAGUGAAUGCCGCGAACAGAAUUCAACAGAAACAUCGAGAGACAGCGGCAGUUAUGGAAAAUAUUCGUAACUUAAUAACACAGGGCUACAAUUCGUUAAACAAUACAAUGGAAGGUUUCCUGAAUGAAAUUCGAACAUCUCUGAUGCUACUUGAUGAUUGGAUGGACGAAUUGGAACAGGUUAACGCUCAGUCGAUCGAAAAAGUGGCAGAAAUUGGUCUUAUAAACAAGACAAUUAAUAACCAUUUGGAAGCAGCCGUAACUCUAAUUACCAAAGCGAGUGAAGAUGCUACAAAUGCGCUAAACCUGUUCGAUUCUCUGGUAUUAUGGAUUCCAACAUUGCAAGCUAAUAUGUCUGAUGCGAAAGAGAUUGGCAGACGCGCCUACGAUAUAGCUCGACAGCAGUAUAACAACGCAUCGAUCGUGUUUAACGUGACGUCACAUUUGGAGACACACAUGUCUAACAACACUGCCAGUAUCGCAGAGGUAAUUAUUAUAUCCUCCUUAUUUUACAUCCAUAUUAUUUGUACAUAUAGCUAAUAGCAUGGUUUCCGGGGGAAUUUGAUUAAAAAACCAUGCCAGCAACUAUUCUGGCCUGGAUUUGCUAUCACUUCUUGGAAUUUCAGCAUGGGAAUUGGGAAUUACUGAGGUUGUUAGUUUUAAUUUUUACUUCCAAUUUAAACAAAACUCUCUGCAACAUUUUAACAUGCAAGUAUGUCACAAGCGAUAAAAUGGACAUAUUUUAAUCUAGCUUGACAUAAGACUAUUUGGCGGAACAAGACAGCGCACGAAAAAGAUUCACCAACAUGGGAAUUGAAAUAAGUCAGCCGCAAAAGACUAAUUUGAACUGAUAUGGAAAAUAAGCUCCUUAAAUUACUUAAUGAAAUGACAGAAAUAUAGGAUAUAGUUGACAAACUGGUGUUAGCACAACCAAUUUCAGCGGUCUCACCCUACUGACCCAAAAUGUCUAUGUGAUCGUGAACACAGGCCCUUUAAAUACCUUUAAUUAAAUAAACAAUCUUCAACAUUAUAUUUUAAACGCAUCCAAUAUAGUCUCAUAGAGUGACGGUAGCCCCGCACCUCCCCCCCCCCCCCCAGGCCCCUUCCUAGUCAUUGACGGAUUUUCAGAUUUUACUAGGGGGUGCCGAAAAUUUAAGGGGGGAGGUGAGUGAUGGGGUGCGUAUUGCGCCACCGAACAAGCUGCAACAGGGGUCUGGGGGCACAGUUGCGAAUGGGGGUAAGGGCCCCCCGGAAAUUUUGAGAUUUUUGGUCUUAUUUAGUUCAAAAUCCUUGUUUUUAGUCUUACUUAGUUCAAAAUCCUUAUUUCAAUCACAGUAAUCCUUGUUUCACUCACACUAAUCCUUAUUUCAAUCACAUUAAUCCAAUGAGCAUUUACAUUUCUGCGGGGUCGGGCAAAUUUCUCUAGGUGGGGUGGAAAAACGUUCUGGGUGAUGCAAAAUAUUCUUUAGGGGUGCCCACUCUCCUGCAUACCCCAGAAAAUCUGUCUAUGCUCGUAGGAUAGGAAGCUUUGCAGAAAUAUAAUCAUUGUGUUUGCCCCCAAAUAAUUACGAAUCAUACUUUUUUUUUCAGGAGGCAUUAUUGUUAAAGGAGCUCGCCCAGGAGGUACGUAGAAACGCGACAGACGUUAUUGAAGCGGUACACAAAGCUUCUGAAGAAUUUUCAAAUGUCAUGAAUCAAACGAAAGAUGCAUUAAAACAGAUAACAAUAUUGCAGGUAAUAUGAUUAUAUAUACGAACUAGUUUACUGUUUACUGUUUCCCAAAUAGUAUACAUAAAAAUGUUGUUCGACUUGUGAUUGGUUGAUCAGUGGAGUUGUAACAACGUGCAAAAUCUGUGACACACUGACCUGAUUGGUGGACAAACAAUGGGAUGUAAAAUCAACCAAUCAUCAACCAGGCAGGCUGAGUGAGAGUAGUCCUUAAGUAACGCCCACAGAUUUCUUCAAAAUAAAAAUAUGCCAAACAUGGCGGCCGCGCUACUUAAAGUAAAAAUUGAGUUUGGGUCGAAAAUAUGGCUAGUAUGGACGGAAAAGACUUUAUAUUUAAACAAGAUAAAUAAAACCUACAUAUAGUUAAGUGAAGUUUUCAAAUUGCAUGUACAAUGUGAUAUACCAAGCAGAAAUUUAGAUAAAACAAGCACUUUUAAUGCUCUUUGAAAAGCUCACUCGUGACCGAUCGAUUUAAGCUAGCAUAAAAAGCAAUAUAAACAACACUUUCCCAGCAUAUACAGCUGCGUUUCAGGUCAUAACAUGAUCACGUACAGAUAUAUAAUGCCUUUAUAGGUAGAAAUCAAAUCUGAUUAGAGACAUUCUAUAAGAUCAGAGUUGGCAUAACCUGAACCAUUUAUCCCGGUAUCUUCUGGACACGGUUCCUAAGAAGUGAGUUUCCUCCCCUUUGAUGCCUUGCAUGUCGUCUUCACGUUUGAGUGCAAUUCUGGACAGAAAUGAUGCAUUAUAGGACUGGCCCAUGUAAAUUAAAUGUUUUUAUACGCAUUGCUGUGCAGACCAACCGAAACACAUCAUGCGAAUAAUUUAAAAAAAUGAAAAAACUACUUUGCUCAUUGACGUUGUCCUAUUUGUCUUGGCUUGUCAUUUGUCUUUCCAAAGAAAAUAAGUAUUUGUAUGUCUGAAUCACUUAUGCCGGGGGCAUACCAAGAUCUCCUUUUUUCCAAAAUGGGGAGUUCUAAAUGUAAAAUGGAUAUAUGGUUCUAAAAAUUAAAAUGGACAGUUGUUAAAACAAAGUUUUCGAGCUUUAUAUGGGAAUUAGUUGUAAAUUAAGCACGCAUACAGAUGUUUAAGGCAAAAAGAAAACCCAAAUGUCACUCUGAAAAUGCAGGAAGUGGCCAUUCUGGACUUCUAAAAUUCAACAUUUUCCAGGGAAGCAUAUGUCCCAGUACUCUCCUAACUAUUCAGGUAUCCAAUACACCAUGACCUCGUCUCUCGUUAGGCCCUACUGCCACACAGUUAGCCUGUGUUUAUCAGUAAUACUUCAUAGUCUGUUCGAAAUAGGCAGUCGAAAUAGGCAGUUCUAAAAUUUUUCUUAGGAUGACCCCUGACUCAUGCUUUAUGUAUUGUAUAAAAUACAACCAACUCACAUUACAUUUCAUGUUACAAAGGAACACGUACGAACAUCCGAACAACAGGCAAGCGAACAUCUUGCUGAAAGUCAGAAAUACCACACACAAGCUGUGACAGCCAUACAUGAAGCUCAAGAAAUACACGAACGUGCCAGGAACAUUCUUGAUACAGUGGAAGACUACGGAGUCGUUGCCGAACAAGCUAAACAACAGUCCCAGAAGUCCAUACAAGAUGCAAGUGAACUAACAGUUUUCCAUCAGUUAAGGAUAGACUAUGCAAGCAACAUUGCUCAAUCAUUGCAUUCGUCGUAUAACUCAUCCCAUUCCUUGGUUGUUCUUGCAGAAAAGGUUGAAAACCAUGCGAGAGAGGAGAAUGAAGUAAGUUAUUGAACAUCAUAUGAGAAACUCAGGACCUAUUUACAUAUGAUCUCAGUUUGCCGGAAUGGAAUGGAAAGCGGGAUGAUUUUGAUGUAUUACGAUUACGAUUAGCUUUUCUAUAUCGCAAUUUACAUGUGGUUAUGAUCAAAUGUAGCUUACUUUACAUUGAGUAUUACGCUUACCUAAUUACAUAGCCUAGACUGUCUUAUCUUUACAACAACUGUGAUAUUAUGUUUGUGAUGUUACUCUGAGUGUAUAUCCACACCGGGCGAGCUUGAAAAAUAUGCCCGGCCACGGUGGGCUAGUAUUCCAAAGGUCGUAGGUUCGAUUCCCACCGUGGCCGGGCAUAAUUUUCAAGCUCGCGCCGGUGUGGAUAUACACUCAGAGUAACAUCACAAACAUCAUAUUCACCUGAGUACACAACACCAACACAGAAAAAAAUCAUAUUACUAGAUUACAUUGGUAUGGAAGGAACUAGAUUCUGUUCCGAAAUAUCACUUACUAAACGUCCUGGCCGCGUAGCUCAGUUCGCAUAGCAUUGGGCUAGUGUUCCAAAGGGCGUAGGUUCGAUUCCCACCGUGGCCGGCAUAUUUUUCUAGCUCGCCCGGUCUGGAUAUACACUCAGAGUAACAUCACAAACAUCAUAUUCACCUACACCGUACACAACACCAACACAGAAAAAAACAAACUGUGAUAUUAAUUUCUUAACUAUGUUUAUCCUAACUCACAGAAUUUCGCCGUUUCGAGCGAAGGCCCUUCUUCUGGAGUUACGUAACUUUAGACAAAGUGCUAGCCUGCGAACAGGUUCUUUGAAUUGAUCAAAGAGAGCCUGGAACGUUCGCAGGCUAGACAAAGGGCCUUCGCUCGAAACGUCGAAAUUCCCCUUAUAUAUAUUCUUCACUUAAAUUCUUCUUGCUUUAGUUUAUGGAUAUUUUCUGAAUUGUUUGACAAUCAAAACGGACAUUUGCGGCUGAACUCAUAAUUUCUUUCAACCCUUUUGCAGGCAAUUACCAAAACUUUCGUCCUGUCUCAAAAGUUGAGGAAUUACACUGCGGACGAAAAGGCAGCUACGGUGGUCAGUAAUCAUAACAUGGUUCUAGAUCAUAUCGCAAAUCAAGUCAACCCUAUUCACGAGAAGUGCACCUCAAUUCAACGAGACACACAAGCUAUCUUGGCAAACACAACAACAACACAAGUAGCAGCAGAAGCACUUUUGGGAAAGGUUAACGGUGUUUCGGAAGAGUUGGAUAAAACUACAACAAGCUACGACGCAUUACCGACGUUAAACACAAGGCCACUAACGGCUAUGGUGUCAGAUAUAACGAGAAUUCGAGGUGCUUUCCAAGCAUUAAAGUUGAGCACUUCAAUACAGAGAUUGCGUCAAGGGCAGAAUGAACAACAAAAUUGGUUGGACGAAUAUAAGCCACGAGUGCUGAAACUCCGUCAACAGGUUGCGGCCAUGCAAAGUCUUAUACAGUCACUGAAAGACAUUCCUUGUGGCAAUUGAUAUGAUAUGACCACAUAUGAAACCUUAAUUUUGAUAGGGUAAUCCCAUCGUGAAAGGAAUUACCGUUAUUAUUAUUAUUAAAACUAUUAUUAAAAAGAAUCUUCAGCUUUUAUACAAAUGUUGGAACAUUUGAACUUAGAUAAGGCUUGUGUUAAAUAUAUCGUGAGGAAAAUUUAUUCAAUAACAUUGCAAUAAGAACGCAUUGGUGGAAAUCUCGGUGGGGUGUCCCCCCCCCCCCCCAAACCUUAACGGAAAAUUAACGAAUGUUCGGAAAUUUUGACCUAAAAGAGGGCUAAAAACAGCUUUUCGAGUGCAAAUGGGGGGGGGGGGUGUUGUCGGAAAUUUGAAGGUUUUGUCGGAAAUUUAGGAGGCUAUGCCCCCGCCCCCCACACACUGGAAAAAGUGAAUUUCCGCCACUGUACGAACAACAUAUUACGUUUUCUGUCCUAGAGACAAGGAUUGAAUGGUCGAAUCCAGAUUUAACGAACUUCUAGCUAGUCUCUUACUUUUUGUAUUAUAUAAUUAUGUCCAUGUGUUGUGUAAUUUCAAACACUCAUUAUAAUAAUUCAUAAGCUUAUUGACAAAUCAUGUCAACCGUAAUAUAUCACGUGCAGUGGCUUUAAACCUAAAACACUCCUAAUUAAUAUUCUUUAUAUAAAGAAUACUAAUGAGGCAGUAUCUAUUGUAGUCGUGUCCUCAUUAGUAAAAAACAUUAAUAAAAAACUAUAUACAUUAUAUUAUACAAGCAAAUACACCCUUUUCAUAAAUGGCUGCCGAUUAAAAAUUCUUUUAUGUGCAUAUAAAUUGGCCCAACUAGCCUCGUACUCAUGUUAAGAUUUCAAAGGAAUUUCUACCCAGAAACGAGGCUAGGUGGGCCAAUUUAUAUGCACAUAAAAGAAUUUUUAAUCGGCAGCCAUUGAUGAAAAGGGUGUAUGCAAUACUUUUAAUUAGACAAUUAGGUUAGUUAGACAAUUAGAUUAGCAUCGGAAAUUAAAGCGUUAAUAAAGAGUUUCUUGCCUCGCACGGUAAGCUAUUCCAGAGUUUUG